AUGGCAGCAUCACUGGAUUUCUUGGACAAAUACCGUCAGGCAGAAUCUGACCUUGACAUAACUGAUCAAACAUGGUACCUUGCUGCAGCCGCAGCACUGGCCGGAGCAAAUGCCGGUGCACGCCAGGCAGAUCUGUACCGCAUUGCCACGAAGGAUCUGCCUGUAGAAAAGGAAUUGAUCGUGCAGAGACGCAUAAAGGAGGUCAUACUCAAGCUUACCCUUAUGAUUGGAAAUCCGAGGUCAUUGGGAUCGCUUAUUCCCCUGUUUGGGGCAUUUAAGCCAGGUGUUGUGGAUAUGUUUGGACCAAGAACCGAAGAACAGGGUGACGCAGAAGCACUCGAGCGCCGAAAGAAGCGGGCAGCGGACCACUUUGCAACCCUCUGGUCACCAGAUGCGGCUCGAUCCAAUAACGAAAUUUUGAAGAAGAACCAUACAGAUGCUCACCUUCUUCUCGCUGAGUGGGGAUAUGCCUGGUGGUUCAGCGAAGACCGUAUCCUGAGCCUUGUUGAGACCCAGAUUGCUGUCGCAGGUGGCAUCACCCUCAGCAAUGCCCCUAUGCAGGCAACGUGGCAUACCCGAGAAAUCGUUCGCUGUGGCGGAUCUAGGGAGCUUGCUGAACGAUCGCAGAAUCUUUACUUGGAAGUAGGCCGUAGGUUUAACGUUCUUGUUGGAGAUGUGCAGCUGGUACAGGAGAUGGACUUCGAGCAACCUGGCUUCCUUACAAGCUUUGCUAAGUAA